GUAAUCAUGAGGGGGAGGGGCUGUCGCUUUGCUGAAUGAUUUACGAAGAAAGGUCGCUGCGAUGAAGUGUGAACUCUCCAACUAACUGUCCGUAACUUCACGAAUAUAUGACCUAAAAUGCUGUAACAUGGCUCCACCAAGGAAAAGACACGUGGGGGGAGAAAAAAAGCCGAAAAAUGAAAACCACAAUGGUGUACCACUCUAUGGUAAAAAGGACAAGAAGGCAUCUUCAGCUAGUUCUGGUCUAUCAGCAACAGGAAAAGUAAUGUUGUUUCUUUGCAUAAUGAUGGCUUUUAUGUUUGUUAUCUAUACAAGCACCACAAAAUUCAACAGAGAAAAUUCUGUUCCAAGAACACAAACCCAGAACAAACUAAAAGAUACUGUGAAAGAAGAACCUGUUUCUUCAACAAAUAAAAAAUCCAAAAUAAAACCACAAAACAGGAUGUCCCAAGAAUCUAAGGCUAACAAGGAGAAAAAAACAGUAGAUCCAAAGAACACCUAUGACAGGUCAAUAGCCAAAGAACUAAAUAAAGGGAUGGCUUUAUUAGACAAACAAAAAGUAGAGGAUGCACUUAGAUAUUUCAGACAACUUGUAGAGGAACACCCAAAAAGUCCGUUAGCAUUAUAUGGCAAAGCUGUUGCACUUGACAAGCUGGCUGAUCAACGUAGAAGUAACGAUCUCUUACAAGAGUGCAUUCAGAAUUACCGUAAGAUACCUGAGCUGCCAGAUUGCCCUGCAGAGCUGAAGAAGAUAGCUUUGGUUCGCAUGGCAGGGAGGUUGUCCUUCUUAGGACGCAUGCGCCAGGCAGCUGCUGCUUUAGAAAAGGUCGCAUCAUUGUUUCCUUCUGAUGUCAAGGUGUUAAAGGAUUUAGGUGUGCAGUACUUGAUGUACGGAAACAACCAAGAUGCUGAAAAGGUGUUUAAAAAGGUCCUCAAGCUGAAUCCAGGCAGUGGUUUUGCAAAGUCUCAUCUUGGCUUUGCCCUGAAAGUCCAGCUGCAUUACCAGGAGGCCAUUCCCUUCCUGAUAGAAGGCGUGACCAGUGGAGAUCCUGGCGCUGAUGAUGGGAGGUUCUACUUCCACCUAGGGGAUGCCCUGACGAGAACUGGAAAGCCAGAAGAGGCAAAUAAGUGGUAUGCAGAUGCUGCUCGCAAAGGUAUCUUCUUGUCUGCCAUGCAGCGCUCUCUCUACAAUGCAGACACCUCCCUCACGGCCAAACCCUGGUGGACUCCAGAAGAGACAGGAUAUGCAGAGGAGCUCAGAAAACUUGAGAAAAAUUGGCACGUGAUUCGUGAAGAGGGCCUAGCAAUAAUGGACCAGAAAUCUGGAGGUUUUAUCCCUGAGGAAGAAAACCUCAGGGACACAGGGGACUGGAAACAAUUUACACUGUACCAGCAAGGCAGAAAGCAGGUUGCCAACUGCAGAAAGACUCCGCGUACAUGUGCUAUCAUGGACACAAUUCCAGAUGCUAUAGGGUGCAAGAGAGGGCAGGUGAAGUUCUCUGUGAUGUUGCCUGGGACGCAUGUGUGGCCACACACUGGCCCCACAAACUGCCGGUUACGCUCACAUUUAGGACUGGUCAUACCUGACAAUGUGUUUAUACGAGUGGGCACUGCAACUAAAACUUGGCAGGAAGGCAAAGUGAUCAUCAUUGAUGACUCCAUUGACCAUGAAGUGUGGCACAAUGGAACCUCUUUCAGGCUUAUUUUCAUUGUCGACUUCUGGCAUCCAGAGCUAACGCCCAGGCAACGGGCGACCUUAACUCCCAUCUAAGUCAUGAGGAAGGCUCGUUUUCAUUGCAUUUUUUUUGCAUGUCAGGGAGUAGCUUUCUUUAGGUCACGUCACAUGUACUUUAGAAAGAUUCAGGUUUUCUUUUGCGAAAUCACAAAAGUAUCUGAUAACAGGCCCGUAGCCAGGGGGAUGAAGAAAAUUGAGUGCCACUGCGAGUUAGGACAAGGUACAUGAGAAAAAAUGGUCCACUAAAUAGGUAAACAGUAGGAGAGGAAGAGGAAAGGGAUUAUUUGUGGGCUUUUCAAAAUAACACUAAAAAAGUUGCCCCCAUGUGCCAGCUAGAGAGGCACAUCUGCUUGUCAUAGCCUUCCUCGCAGGCGUUUAGGCGGGUUGCUAGUGAUGCCUGCCUGAAAACGCCUGCAAGGGAGGCUGCUUCUUACAUGGCCUAGCCCCUUCAAACCCCUGUCAGGCCCAUUAUGAGCGUGGGGCCUAGGAAAGCACGGCCCCUAAGAGUGGCGCAUAGGAGGCUACCAUUUUGUUAUGUUAUAAAAAAAAAUAGAAAAAAAGUAUCUUUUUCCGUCGUCUGAUUUGAGAAGGUAUUGCCAUGCCUUUUAUAUAAGUAGUAAAUGAAGUAUAAAACUUCCCAUAAUUUUUAGUUCCAUAUUGAAUAAAAACAACAAAACCACAAAAAGUUCUUUCCUAACAUGUAUAAUUCAUUGUCAAGUUUGUAAAAUAUACACUUCGUUAAUAUCAAAACCAAUUUAAACAUACUGUACAGUUGAAAUGUGUUUAUGAUAUGGUGACAAUUGCAUACUGAUUUGUUCCUAUACUUUACUAUGAUUCAACUUUGUUCUAACUAGAUAUGUACAAACUAAGAUCUCUUGGUCAUUGCUUAAAACUUUGCACAAUGAUAUAUUUGUGUGCUUGUGUUUUCACAGCAAAAUAGAUUUUGCAUAUUUCAAAACGGGAAAGAAACAUUGCACAUAAAUCCUCCUGUUUCCAAUGGCUUUCUAUAUAUUAUUUUGCAUAAUGGUUCUAUGUUUAUCUAGAAAAAUAUAAUUUCCAAAAAAUAUAUAUAAUUACAUAUUAGUGUAAAAAAUAGUAUUACACUGACAAUAUUUGUAACGUUUUUUUCAAAAUCCAUUUGCCCUAAGAUCAUCAAAUAAAACCAUGUCAUCACCGUG